UACCACAACAAUUACUAUAUAAAUGCCCCAUUUCUCCUCCACCAAUUUCCAUCAUAUUGCAAAACAAAGUAUCUCUACAACACAAGAAAAACAUAAAAAUUUCUAAAACACAAAGAACAAAAAAAUGUGUAGAGGCAUAGAAGAGAGAAGAAAUCAAACUAGCUUCCGCAAAAAAGAGGUGGAAGCGGAGGCUGUUUCCGCUAUUUCAUCGGAAGAAGACGACGAAACCUCAUCGACGUUGGUAUGCUGUGAGCUUUGUGGGUCAAAAGCAAGUUUAUAUUGCCAAGCUGAUGAUGCAUUUCUGUGUAGAAAAUGUGACAAAUGGGUACAUGGAGCUAAUUUCUUGGCAAAUAGACAUAUCAGAUGUUUUCUUUGCAAUACUUGUCAGAAUCUUACGCAAAGAUAUCUGCUUGGUGCUUCGGUUGAGAUGGUUCUCCCGACAAUAGUUACGACUACUGGUAGAGAUGAUCGAACAAGGAGUAGUAUUUGUGAUUCAAAUAAUGGUGAUAAACACUGCUCUAAAUCACUUAAAAUGCCUUUUCUUUUUCUUUGAUGCAACUAUCUUGUUCAUGGAUUUGUAUUUCUGCGCUAAUUUAGAUUCAAGAAUUUUCGUACGAGGAAAAUUAUACAACGCAAUGGUUCUCUAUGUACGAUGAGGCUGUUUUGAAAUGGGAGAAUUAGAAAAGAAGAAAUAAUAUAUUCUUAUGUAUAGACAACCAAGCUUAUGAUUCCUAGCUAGAUAAUGAAAAAAAAUGUUAAAAAGACAUUCGCAUAAUUAAUAGAUUAUUGGAUUGUUUUUUGAUGUUUUAAAAAUUUAGUUCAAUGAGAAAUGGAUGAAAGAUCAAGACUCGUUAGCUUUGUUCAUCAAAUUUGUUAUUUUUCGAUCAUAUUUCAUCAU